AUGGCGGAGCAGAAUGGUUCCAGCACCGCCAACGGCGACGGCCCCGCGCCGGCCGCGAAGGCAGUCUAUGACCCGACCUUCACCGGCCGGGUCAUUGCCGCCACCGGCCCACACGCCAACCCGCGCCUGGCUCAGAUCAUGCCGAGCCUCCUUCGGCAUCUCCACGACUUUGCGAGAGAAGUCGACCUGACCGUGGGCGAAUGGAUGGCCGGCGUACAAAUGAUCAACGAGGCCGGCCAGAUGUCCAACGACGCCCGUAACGAGACACAGCUCCUUUGCGAUAUCCUCGGUCUCGAGUCCCUCGUCGACGAAAUCACGUCGAAACAGCUCCAGUUGAAGACGUCCUCCUCCCUCGAAACCAACCCAACCUCGUCCGCCAUACUCGGUCCGUUCUACCGCUACGACGCACCGAUUCUCCCCAACGGCAGCUCCAUCGUCUCCUCCCUCGAUUCUCCCGACUACCAGAACGCCUCCACCCACCUCUACGGCCGUGUCCUAGACCAGCACGGCCGGCCCAUCAAGGAUGCCAUUGUCGACAUCUGGCACACGGCACCCAACGGCAUGUACGAGCAACAAGACGCAGAGCAGCCGGACAUGGACCUCAGGGGGCGCUUCCGGACCGACGGCGAGGGGCGCUACUCGCUGUACUGCCUCAAGCCCGUCCCCUACCCCGUGCCCAACGACGGGCCGGGCGGGAGGCUCCUCAAGCUCCUCGACCGGCACCCGUACCGUCCCGCGCACCUCCACUUCAUCGUCUCUGCCGAUGGGUUCCGGCCCGUCACGACGCAGCUGUUUGACAGGGAGGGCAAGUACCUCGACGACGACUCGGUCUUUGCGGUCAAGGAGGACCUGAUUGUCGAGUACAAGCCUACCGAGUCGGACCCCAAGGCGAGGUGGACACUGGAAUACGACUUUGUUCUGUGCAGCGCGUGA